AUGACAUCCGCAUUACAGACUAAACCCUCCCUAUAUGACGAAUGGAUGGCAAUUGUUCAAGACAUCAGGGAGGAGGAAGAGAGGCAAGGGGGGUUUGUACGGCUAUUCCCAAGGCAAGACACGUGGCAACAAUAUGGGUCUUUAUUAACAUACAAAAGCCUAAAUCACAUGCUGGCUCAACACCUUUUCAUGGAAACGACAACAGAGCCAGAAAACGGCAUCAAACAGCGUAUAGCUCUCUAUGAGAGGAUGCUGCCACCCGUGCACAGACCCAGGCCUCAAUAUCAGUUUAAACAAAAACCUGUUAAGCCGGCUGAUACAACCAAAGCAUGUCAACAGAGCUGUAGAAAAGUGAAUAAGGACUCCGAGCACGUGAGACUUCCAAAGACUUCAGACUGUCGUAGCAGCAACACAGAAAAUGGGGACCUCAGGAGCAUGAGUCCAGCUCCACCAAUAUCUAGGGUUGUGAAGUCCCGCCAUGACUCAAGUGGUGGGGCAAAGAUGCCAGCAAUCAUCAGAAAUGCAAAAACAAAAGCUCUCUACAGCAAUGGCGCAAGAGUAUUAAGACAGUUCAGUCAGUGUUCACAUAACUGAUGAAUUGUUGGAGUAGUGAUUUCCCACCUCUCCAGGUAAAUAGCCAGUAAUCAAUGUAUCUCUUAUAGAGCACCAGGUGUGCUGCCCAGCUACUUCCCUCGCCCAGGCAGACUGAUUCCUGGUGCCCAUCGCUGUGUCACAUUUUUGCAGAUAGAAGCUAUCGUAGAACCAAAAAUAGCUGUUAUUAAAAAUAAGCAGGAUAGCUUCCAAAACAAACUGCCUCUGAAUUUCUGCAUAUUGGGUGUUCUCAAGAAAGUGGUUAACAGCUCGGAGUCCGAAUUAAUUCCGUGCUUAAUUACAGUGUAUAGGGAGGAAACGUCUGCUGUGACCAAUAAAAAAUAUUUUUGCCAUUUAAAGGGACAAUGUAGGCACCCAGACCACUUCAGCUAAUCUGGGUGCUGUGACCCUUUUGCACUUAGUGCUGCAAUGUAAUACAUUGCAGUUCCAGAGAACUGCAAUGUUUACAUUACAGCUUUAAGUCUGCCCUCUUUGGCUGUCUAACAGACAGCCACUAGAGGGCUUCCGGAAUCCAAACCGACCUUUGGUCGGUUAUCUGACACUGGAUGUCCUCACGGAAUAAUGCUUUCCUAUGAGGAGGUGUAAUGUGCGCACACGGCCAUUGCUGCGCGUGCGCUUUAGGUCACCCCCGCCGGCUGAUGGCGGGGGAGGAGCAUAGGCAGAGCCUGGCCCAGCGCCGAGGGAGAUCGGCACUGGAUUCAGGUAAGUGGCUGAAGGGGUUUUAACCAGAAUUUAACCCCUUCCUCCCCCCUCAGCGCCACGGGAGUGGGACCCUGAGGGUUGGGGCACCCUCAGGGCACUUUAGUGCCAGAAAAACAAGUAUGUUUUCCUGGCACUAUAGUGGUCCUUUAACUGUACGCAGGACCUGUAAUAUGUUAGUUGUGUCUCUCAGAUAUGAAGGGCAGCUCUUAACCAACGGCUGAAGGAUAUGGUCAACAUAUUCCGACAGUCGACUUUACAGAAAGUUGAUGCCCGAGAAUAGUAGUAUUUUUUUAACACAAUAUAAAGUUUUUUUCGCUUGUGGUAGGUGCAAAGUAUGCCAAACUACAAAAUCCAAAACAUGCCAUAUUUUACAAUAUGAAGUCAAUGGCAACUGUUAUAACAUUAAAGAAUGUAUUACUUGCCCGUGCGUUCUCAAUUAUAUUGGACGUACCACUAGACCUUUACGCACAAGGUUAGCGGAGCAUGUAUAUAACAUUAAACGUAAGUUUGAGCAACAUCAAGUAUCAUUACAUUUUAGAGACCACCACAAUGCAGAUCCAUCUCUUUUGCAAUUUUAGGGCAUUCAAAAGGUGAAUCAUGAUUGGAGAUGUGGUGAUUACAUACAAAAGCUAGGACAAGCAGAGAUAAACACAUUAAUCCCAUACGUACUCAAUAAAGAUUUUGAGCUCUGUCAUUUUUUUAAACUAAAGUGUUUUAAUCUUAGAGUUUUUCAUUAUAGAUAUAUUUUCGGGUAUUUUUUCUUCUGGGUCAUUUUACUUUGGAGCUUUAUGUGCAUAUCCCCAGAAUAUACAAUUUUCAUGUAAAUUUUUUAUAAAUUUGUUAAUUUUAGUUCAUUUCCCAACUGUCCCAGCUAGCACUCUAUAUGGCACUUACUACCAAUUUAAAUAAAACUAAUCCAUGUGGGAGUCAUCCAUUGUAUGUUUACCAUAUUA